AUGAGCGGCCGCGUUGGAGACCUUAGCCCCAAGCAGGCGGAGACCCUGGCCAAGUUCCGAGAAAAUGUCCAAGACGUGCUACCUGCACUUCCCAACCCUGAUGACUACUUCCUUCUGCGCUGGCUCCGAGCUCGGAACUUUGACCUGCAGAAAUCAGAGGCCAUGCUUCGAAAGUACAUGGAAUUCCGGAAGACCAUGGACAUUGAUCACAUCCUGGACUGGCAGCCUCCAGAGGCAAUCCAGAAGUACAUGCCAGGGGGCCUAUGUGGCUACGACCGAGAUGGCUGUCCCGUGUGGUACGACAUCAUCGGACCACUCGACCCUAAGGGCCUGCUCUUCUCCGCCACCAAGCAGGAUCUGCUCAAGACCAAGAUGAGGGACUGCGAACGCAUUCUUCACGAGUGUGAUCUGCAGACCGAGCGGCUCGGGAAGAAGAUCGAAACCAUUGUAAUGAUAUUCGACUGUGAGGGCUUGGGCUUGAAGCACUUCUGGAAACCUUUGGUGGAAGUGUACCAGGAGUUCUUUGGCCUCUUGGAAGAGAAUUACCCUGAGACCCUGAAGUUCAUGCUCAUCGUGAAAGCUACAAAACUCUUCCCUGUGGGCUACAACCUCAUGAAACCCUUCUUGAGUGAAGACACACGCAGGAAAAUCGUCGUGCUUGGAAGCAACUGGAAGGAAGGGUUGCUGAAACUAAUCAGCCCUGAGGAAUUGCCUGCCCAGUUUGGGGGAACCCUGACUGAUCCAGAUGGAAAUCCCAAAUGUUUGACCAAGAUCAACUAUGGUGGGGAGAUCCCCAAGUCCAUGUACGUGCGGGACCAGGUGAAGACCCAGUACGAGCACUCGGUGCAGAUCAGCCGCGGCUCCUCACACCAGGUGGAGUACGAGAUCUUGUUUCCAGGAUGUGUCCUCAGGUGGCAGUUUGCCUCGGAUGGGGCGGACAUCGGCUUUGGGGUUUUCCUGAAGACCAAGAUGGGGGAGCGGCAGCGGGCAGGCGAGAUGACAGAGGUGGUGGCCAGCCAACGCUACAACGCCCACAUGGUGCCCGAGGAUGGGAGCCUCACCUGCUCAGAGGCGGGUGUUUAUGUCCUGCGCUUUGACAACACCUACAGCUUUGUCCAUGCCAAGAAGGUCAGCUUCACGGUGGAGGUGCUGCUUCCAGAUGAAGGCAUGCAGAAAUAUGACAAGGAACUCACCCCCGUCUAG